AUGGAAAAGGGAAGUAGAACCUCGCCAAUUCUACUGGAAGAUCUCGGAAGAGAAUUUGACACUUCAGAUGAUGACUAUACAAACAACCAGACGUCAGACGACGAAUAUAACCAACAAAUCGACUCAGAUACUAUUUUAAAUGAAUGCUCUAGUCUAGAGCUUCAUGAUCGAUCCGAAGAAAUACACUUGGAUACAAUAUAUACCCAGGCUGAUGCAGAUAUCGUCGGCAGAGUGGCAAGAUGGCACAUAAACCAACGCUUUGGGGAACAGAGCAUAUCUUGUCCCAGAUUCAUCUUAAACGUGGAAGCAGAGUCUUUUCAUGGGAAAAAGGCCAUCGAGAUGAUGCAUCGACAGAUCAGCCUAGACUAUGGCAUAGAGCAGGACGGCAAUUCGCGACACGUACAAGCAGAUGACAUAAUUAUACCUGAAUUCUUUCUGGACUAUAUCUGUAUCAUUGGGCUGCCGAUGAAACCCAUAAGCAAGCAGAAUAGCCAUUUCUUCGACAAUGUUGAGCUAUCGCUGCGAGCAUGGCAUUCUCCCUACAGCAACAAGCACAGCCCAAGCUUGCCAUUCUCCAUCGCUGGCCGUACAUUCCGUCUUGCUAUAGCAGCAAGCCGAGAACAUUGGUUUGUAGUAAUGCAUCCGAAACCAGGCAUUACCGCGCGUAACAGCACAGAUAGACAGCUAAAGACACGAGCAACAGCCAUGGCUAGCCACCACGCAGAAGCCAUGGCAUCCUACAUCCACGACGUGUUUGCGAGCCCUGGGCUUUCCAGUCUAGGCGUCAACGACGAAUGGACACUGGGGAACGAGCGUAGCAAGAAGCUCUCCAUGAGCAACUGGAGCCUGUUCCAGACGGUCUUUAUGGAGGGCUGGGAUCUGUUCUUUAGCCGAUAUACAUACGACGUAUUCUGGACGGAAAACGAGCCAUGCUUCCACGCAUAUGACUAUGGAGCAAAUACUAUGAUUGAGGUUACAGAGGAAAUGCGAGAAAUGCCGAUACAUGAUACCGAUAAUACCGACCCAAUCAAACACGAGGCUACAUCUGGCUGGCAGAGCCCAGACCAGGCAUCUAACAACCCAAGCCCCUCGAGAGCGACGCGAGGCGAAUCGACAGCAGACGAUAUAGAAAUAAUAUCUAUUAUCAAUGGGUCGACUAUGGAGAAUGCAGAAAAUCCCCAGGAAACGCGUGAUAGAGUGCCCCUACGCGACAUUACAUAUGCUGGAGGGCUUCAAAGCCUGCAAGAUGAGCUGGAUAGCCGAUAUGAGCUAGCUAAUAUCAGUAGCAUCUCGUUUGCAUGA